GCUAGUCAUGAAUGUGGGGAUGCACUGUCAGGCAGGAGAUGUGCUGGAUAUUCCUGCAGAAUCAUGUUAGACGUUUGCAGACUGAAAAACACGGGCACUUUUCCUUUUCUUUGUGGUCAGAAAAACAACAGUUUGGGAAACAGUAAUGUAGAUCUUCCGUUGCCCUGCCUCGGCAUGCACCAGUUGGAUGUCACAUUAAAAAGGGGAAGUAAUUUGGCAGCGCGAGAUCGUGGAGGAACAAGUGAUCCUUACGUCAAAUUUAAAAUUGGUGGAAAAGAAGUUUUUCGAAGUAAAACAAUACACAAAAACCUUAAUCCAGUUUGGGAGGAAAAAGUUAGUCUUAUUAUCGACAAUCUUAAAGAUCCUUUAUAUGUAAAGGUGUUUGACUAUGAUUUUGGUCUGCAAGAUGAUUUUAUGGGCUCAGCAUUUCUUGAUCUCACAACGUUAGAGUUGCAAAGUUCAAGAGACAUAGCACUGAAAUUAAAGGAUCCUCAACAUCCUGACCAUAUACUGGGAACAAUAUUUCUGUCAGUUUGUAUUUCUCCAAAAGACAAUGUCUAUGUGGAUUCAACGAUGCAUAUAAAGAAGAAUUGGAAAAGAUCAAGUAAGUUUCAAUCCCAAAGUUUACGCCUACCAGACUUGCACAGAAAAUCUAAUUUAUGGAGGGGGAUCGUUAGCAUCACACUUGUUGAAGGACAGGAACUUAAAGCUAUGGAUGCAAAUGGACUAAGUGACCCGUAUGUGAAAUUUCGUCUUGGGCAUCAGAAAUAUAAGAGCAAGACACUUCCAAAAACAUUGAAUCCACAGUGGAGGGAGCAGUUUGACCUACAUCUUUACGAUGAGAGAGGUGGCAUCAUUGACAUGACAGUAUGGGACAGAGAUGCUGGAAAGAGGGAUGAUUUUAUUGGAAGGUGCCAGGUUGACCUGUCGACUCUCAGCAGAGAACAGACUCACAAGCUAAGGUUAAAACUGGAGGAAGGGGAAGGAUGGCUGAUACUUCUGGUGACUCUCACAGCAUCUGCUGCCAUAAGUGUUUCCGAUCUCACUGUUAGCUGUUUGGAAGAUCAAAAAGUGCGCGAAGAAAUCCUCAAGAGAUACAGUCUCAUGCGGUCCCUCAGCAAUCUUAAUGAUGUUGGCUUCCUCCAAGUAAAGAUCAUCAAAGCAGAGGGAUUGAUGGCAGCUGAUGUCACAGGUAAAAGUGACCCAUUUUGUGUACUUGAGCUGAACAAUGACAGACUUAUGACUCACACUGUGUACAAGAACCUCAACCCUGAAUGGAACAAAGUAUUUACAUUCAAUAUCAAAGAUAUUCACUCAGUCCUUGAAGUGACAGUUUAUGAUGAAGAUAGAGACCGCAGUGCUGACUUUCUGGGCAAAGUUGCUAUACCCUUGCUGUCUAUUCAAAAUGGUGAACAGAAAGCCUACGUCUUGAAAAACAAGCAGCUGACAGGGCCAACAAAGGGGGUCAUCUAUCUUGAAAUAGAUGUGAUUUUUAAUGCUGUAAAAGCUAGCUUGGGAACGUUAAUACCAAAAGAACAAAAAUAUAUGGAAGAGGAAUCCAGGCUUUCCAAACAGUUACUGCUGAGGAACUUUAUCCGCAUGAAGCGUUGUAUCAUGGUGCUCAUCAAUGCAGCCUACUACAUUAACAGUUGCUUUGAUUGGGAAUCACCCCAAAGGAGUCUUGCUGCUUUCUUGGUAUUUCUCCUUGUGGUUUGGAAUUUUGAGAUCUACAUGAUUCCACUUGCACUGUUACUGUUACUAGCAUGGAACUACUUCUUAAUCAUAUCUGGCAAGGAUAACCGGUCUCAGGAUACGGUAAUGGAGGACAUGUUAGAGGACGAGGAAGAGGAGGACGACAAAGAUGACAAGGACAGUGAAAAGAAAGGAUUUAUGAACAAACUCUAUGCCAUCCAGGAGGUGUGUGUCAGUGUACAGAAUGUUCUAGAUGAAGUGGCCUCCAUUGGAGAGAGGAUAAAGAACACAUUCAACUGGACCGUCCCGUUUUUAACUUGGCUGACUAUAAUUGCCUUCUGCCUUCUUACAGUCGUUUUGUACCUAAUACCACUAAGAUACAUUGUCCUUUUGUGGGGUAUUAAUAAAUUUACAAAGAAAAUUCGAUGCCCUUAUGCGAUUGACAACAAUGAGCUUCUGGACUUCCUGUCUAGAGUUCCUUCUGAUGUACAAGUGGUGCAGUAUCAUGAACUGAAACCAGAUGCUAACCAAAGUCCAAGUAAAAAGAAGAAAAAUAAUCUCGGCUAGUCGCCUCCAUGCAUCAAGGAGAAUGGGAUUUGCUGUAGAAGAUAAGAGAAAGCCAUACGGCCGGACAUGAAUUUUAUUGUUUAUGUUACAUUCUGUUGUACCUUUUUAUCAUGAUAGAGACAAUUUGUAAAUAUUGUACAGAGGCAGAUAUCAUUGUACAAAAACUAAUUUCAUACAAUUUCGGAGUAUAUCUCUCGCUGUGUGAAUGCUUUGCUCUAGCCAAUAGUGUGAUUCUAUGAAAGAAAUUAUUUAAUCAGCAAACUAAAAAAAACUUAGUUGCUAUGUAUGUAUGCUAGAUUGCACUGAACAUUGACUGAUGCUAAGUGGCUGAAAUAUGCUUUCAUAACAAUACAUACUUGUGUAUGCAACUGCAUUAGCCAAAAAUAUAUUUAAAUAUAUAGAGCAACUAUUUUAGUUUGUGAAUAAUAUUAUGCACUUUUGCAUUCAGUGCCUGAUGAGUCCGUCAUGUCAAUAAAAUUAGCUCACGUUUUUGUGAACUCUAUGUCAUGACAUCAUAUAUUUAAAUUCCCAGGUAUAACUAUUUACCUAACAUGGACAGAACUAAAACGAUGAAUUAAAUUCUUGUCCGAUUCUCUUGCUGUAUCACGAAUGUCUACAACAAAAGGUCAGUCUGAAAGAAAAAUAAAGGCUGCAUUUCCUUACUUGUGAGAUAUCCGAACACAUAUUCCUUUUUAAGUCAGUAUCCGAAAUGGAUCCUUUAAGGGACAUUGAAUUCAAAAUUAAAAGUAAAUGGAACUUUCCAAUGUAUUUCUAUGAUCAGUUUUGCUUAGUUAUCUUGGUAUCCUUUGUUAAAGGAAUAUUAAACAGUCUGUUUCUUUGUUGUAAUGAAAAAAGCAGUAAACAGUGGGUUAUACUUAAAGGGAUAUGAUUCAGGUAAAACAUACACUUUUAAACAACUUUCCAAUUUACUUCUUUUAUCAAAUUUGCUUCAUUCUUUUGUUAUAAUCUGCUGAAGGAGCAGCAAUGCACUACUGUGAGAUAGCUGAAGACAUCUAGUGAGCCAAUCACAAGAGGCAAAUGUGCGCAGGCUCCAAUCAGCAGCUAGCUGCCAGUAGUGUAAGAUAUGUAGAUAUCAAGAGAACAAAGUACAUUUUAAAAUAGAAGUGAAUUUUAAAGUGUCUUAAAAUGGCAUGCUCUAUCUGAAUCAUGCAAGUUUAAUUUUGACUUUCAUAUCCCUUUAAUAAUUUCAAUAUGUAUUAUUCAUCAUUUUAAAGGGAUUUUAACUUUCAUUUCUUUAUUUUAACUUAAUUUGUGCAGUGUCCAUUACUUCCUGUCACAGACCUACAAGGAGGCCGGGGUCUCUACAGGAAGGCUUAUCUGGCCACAUGUCAUAAGUCUUUUAGAGUAACUUGAUCUGAGGGACAGUAAGUGUCUUGUUUGCUCAUGCUUAGAAGUGGCAGAAUGCAACUUAAAAGGACACUCAAGUCAAAAUUAAACCUUUAUAAUGCAGAUAGAGCAUGUAAUUUUAAAUAACUUUCCAAUUUACUUCAAUUAACAAAAUGUCAACA